UCCCACCCCCGCACUACGUCAAGGCAGCGCGGCGCGCGGCCGCCGUUUGAAUUCCGGCGGGCGGGCGGUGCCGUCUGCGGCGGGGAUGGCGGUGCUGCGGCCCUUCGACAAGCUCCCGGGGCUCAACUCCGCCGCCCUCCUGCUGGUGGGCUCGGACGAGGAGCUCCAGCAGAAGCUGGCGGAGGCGAUCCUCCAGGAGAAGAGGGACUUCAAAAUCAGCAUUCACAUUGCUACAUCCCUCCCCUUACCUUCAGAGAGGGAUCACCUUCGGCCCAGGAUAGAUCUGAUUGUGUUUAUGAUUGACAUCAAGAGCAAAUCCAGCUUGAAGAAUGUCGAAGCUUCCCUAGCUUAUGUGGAUGCCUCCUUCUUCCUGGGGAAAGUGUGCUUUCUUGUCACUGGAGUUGGCAGGGUGAAUUGUUGCAGCAUUGAGACGAAUGCCGUCUGUAAACUGGGAGAAACCUACUGCAGUCCUGUGCUGUUCUGUGAGCUGGAGCUGGAAGGCGUACGAGUUGCCACUGCUCAACGACUUCUCCGAAUGUUACAGAUCUGUGCUGGUCUCGUACCGGGAUUUUCUGCCUUGUCCUUUAGCUUACUGAUGAGGAACUCUGCUGAUGAUUAGCUUCUCGUUGUGAUAAUUCAGCCACAUUUGUCAGAUUUUUUUUUCACUUCAGGCAUUCAUGCUGCUGCAGUUGGAAUCACAUUGGGGAGCCUUUGUGCCUGACUUGUCACAACCACUUAUCCAGAACUGUUCCUAGUUGCUUAUCUCUCAAGAAAAGCUUGAUUCCUAUUCAGUGGAUAGUGUAUAGGUGCUGUGGGGAGGGCAGUUUGAACUGGGGAUUCUUAUCCUUUGUUACAUCUGAACGCCAUUUCGUGAUCAAGUUUAAGUUUCAUCCACUUGGCCAGUGGCCAGGAGCUACAUGUUUUUCUGAGAGAAUAUCAGAAGAAUGGGCUACUAUUUCCAAAGUCCUAGGGAAGAGGCAGCAGACUCCUGCUUCCUUCCAGUUGAAAUACAGCACCUUGGACUAAUGUGAAACCUUGCUGCCAGGUUUUGUCUCUCCACCAAGAAAGGAAUAAGGAAGGAAGGCUGGCCUGCAGCUUCUAGAUAGACCACACUUGGCAGUUAAUAAUCCAGCUGUGUGAGCAUCUGCGCAUCAAAGGGCUCAGCAUUUCCAUGUCUGCUACUAACUGAGGAGGAAUGGACUAAAGAAGAUAAUCUAGCACUUUAGCUUUCUUUUAGAUCUUUGAAGAAAAAAGACCUGUCAAGCCCAGGAUAGCCCCAGCAACCCAGCCCCCAGGGCUGAGCAGAGUUCAGAUGCAGCAGACUGGACCACAGCAGCACAUAGAAAACACAUGUCUGUACGUUUAGCACAUGCUGUGUAUAAUCUCUUUACUAGCAGGUUCUUAGCAGCAGUAAGUCAUGCCUUAUUCUUACUGCAAGUCACUAGUGUUUGAGAGUUCUAAUUUAAUAAAAUGAGUAAUAUUUAA